UGUACCACGUGACCGUCAUAUCGACGUAUCGCAUUCGGUCCAUGUAUUCGUCGGGCUCCGAAAAAAUACCUGUCAAAUGUUAAGUGCCCAGAGCCAAUAAAAAAUAAAAUCUCUCGAGAUAUUUUUAAAAAACUAUUAAAAAAUGUAGUGACAUUGAAAUUCAAAUUACGCGGGUUAAAUUUAAACCCCGAUAAUUGAAUCGCGGAUUUUAAUUACUCGCGCUGUUAUAAUCCUUAUUAAAUUAUCGAUAAGAUAAUAUUUUAUUUGAAUAAAUAACAAAAACAAGUAUUUAAUUUAUGUGACAUAUAUAUAAAUAUGACGAGAGAGGAGCGAGGAGGAUAACAAGUGGAUUUAUUAAAUUACGCCGUGCUCGUGGGCGGUUACCUGUGACGUUUCUCAAUAAAGUGACACUUGCUCGAUUCCCGAUGUCGUUUUGAUUUAAAUUUAUCGCGAGAAGAUUUUAAAAAAAUAUAUAAAUAAAGAUCUAUAAAGUGAAAGCGACGUAAAUAUUGAGCUGCUGGAAAUUAUUUAAGUGAAUAAUAUAUAAUGAGCGCAGAACGACGCGCGAUUAUUUACGUGCGUCGUUCUAUGAUACAUUUUUUUUCUGACAGUUAAUUAUUUAUUUGUGACAAAAAUACAAGAAUGUAUGUAGGAGAGGGCACUAUUUUUGAUUGUUUCAUUGAUUAAUUUCGCUGACCAAGUACUAUUAUUAUAAAGUCGUCGUCAACUCGGUUUCAUUUUUUUUUGUCACCAUUGUUAUCACGUUUUAUUUAAAAUUGUUGUUAUUAUUUUAUCAACAGUUGACUAAUUAACAAUAUUUUAUAUAACAAUCCAGAUAUCAAAUGUGCUUUUGAUUCCAUUAAUCAUUUGAAUAUCUAUACAUAUAUUAUGCAAUGACAGCUGGCGAUGUGACAUUUGUGUAUCAUAUAAAUCACCAGGCGUGAAAAAAAAAAAUUUUUUUCUUGUUUGACUAUUAGUAGUUACAGUACAAUUUAAAUGGUACUGCAAACAUUACAUUUGAAUAAUUAAUCAUAGUAGUUUUAAAAACAUGAAUAUAAUGCGUAAAUUACGAGGGGGAAGUGCAGUUGGAGGCAUGGGUUCCAGUGGAACUGGAAGUGUUGAUGACUGUGUGGGCGGUAGUAAUCCUCAGCAUACGGCACUAGGUCUUAUGCACCUGAAGAAAUUAUUUUCUGAAUACACUCACCCGCCGCAUCCGCUGUCGGAGACCGAGAAAGAUGAUAAGCUUUAUAAUAUGUUGCCAUUGUUUUGCAAGGUCUUUGGGUCUAGUCCUGCUGGAGAUAUGAGCGAGAAAUUCUGGGAUAUAUUGGCUUUUACGCAGCAAGUGUCCAAGCUGAUGGUAUCGGAGAUAAGAAGACGGGCGAGCAAUCAGAGUACUGAGACCGCCAGCUGUGCGAUAGUUAAAUUAUUAGAGAUUGAAAAUAGUGAGGAGUCGAGUAACGGGUGGAUGUUGCUGUCGACGUUAAAUUUAUUAGCCGCUGGUGACGCGUCGUUGAUACAAGCGAUGACAACAGCUUCGGUGCCAUCGACACUUGUCAAGUGUCUGUAUUUGUUUUUUGAUUUACCUGAAAUGAACGACGCAGAAGCGGAUCUCACUGAUGUUAAUAGUGAAUUUACACCACGGGAACGCAGAAUAUUGCUACAAAAAAUAUUUGUACAAUUACUGGUGCGGCUUUGUAGCCACCCGUAUCCAGCAGAAGAACUGGCAAGGAAAGAUGAUUUAACGUUAUUAUUCUCGGCGAUAACUAGCUGGUGCCCGCAGUACAAUGUCAUGUGGCGUAAAAGCGCUGCUGAAGUAUUGAUGACAUUAUCACGACAUGGACUCACUCAAAAUGUCGUAUCUUACAUUCAUAACAAAGGAUGUAUAGCGCUUUGCAUUGACAAUAUGCAACGUGUACCUGAACUAGCUCCGCUUGAAGUUGUUGAAAUGUUUGUAACGGUAUUUUGUUUUCUAAAAGACUCUAGCGAAGUAUCACAAAUGCUUUUGGAUGACUUUCGCGUUUGUCAAGGAUAUAUUUUCUUAUCAGAAUUUUUACUUAAACACGCACCUUCACGGCUCGAACAAGAGGGAAAUGCUGAGGCGCAAGACGCCAUCAGAAAUUUGGUAUUGAUGUUGGCUUCGUUGACAAUGUGCGGACACACUGAAUUAAAACCGAGUCAAGCAAGUAUGGGCUCGUUGUUUCAAAUGUUAGGUUUUACUCUGCCACAGCCAAGCAAUCGAGGCGGUAGUGUCAGAAAUAUUCAAGCAUUCCAAGUACUACAAUCUGUAUUCGUUAAGUCUAACUCGUCACUUUUGUGCUGCACUAUACUCGACGCCAUAUCUAGUGUUUAUCACAGCGACAAUGCUAAUUAUUUUAUACUAGAAGGACAAAAUACCCUAUCACAGUUUGCUGAAAAAAUAUAUUUGAAAAAUCCUGAGAUACAAAAAAAAUUCUUUCAACUGUUAGAGUUUAUAGUAUUUCAGCUGAACUUUGUGCCUUGCAAAGAACUCAUAUCCCUAUCAAUUCUUCUCAAGUCUAAUCACUCGGUCAGUUGCAGUAUAAUGGCGAUGGAGACGCUGCUGAAUAUUCUACGACAUAACGUGAUAUUCAAGGACGUGUACAGAGAAGUAGGAAUGCUGGAAGUGUUUGUUACUUGUUUGCAUCGUUAUGCGACGCUGCUGAAGGACAAGCAGUCAGCAACUGACCAGGGCUUGGAGUACAAAAUGUGUCCGGAGCAAGAACGUCUUGGUCAACUGGUGAUGGAAGCUCUUACAACUCUACUGGGCGGCAAUGUGCAGAAUGCAAAUGUUUUUCGAGAGUGUACUGGAGCUCGGUGUGCCCACAACCUUGUCCCCUACAUGGAGUGUCGGUUCCAAGCACUGAGUCUCGUCAGAGAACUUAUUCUCAGCGCCGGUGGAGACGACGACAUGGCAACUCUGCUUGGUGUGAUGCACUCAGCACCUGCAAACGCCCUGGUUCUCAAGUCUCACAUACUCCUGGCACUUCUUACAUGUUUACGAGAGUCACAUCGCACUCGAACUGUUUUUCGUAAAGUCGGGGGUUUCGUUUACGUAAUGUCAGUACUCGUUUCUCUUGAAGGCCAACUAGGACCACUGCCACACAAUUCUUUAGAACCUUGUAACGAUAACAUUCCAGAAAGAAGUUCACAAGAUGAAUCACAACUUCUUAAUCUACUCCAUCUUGUCUUUCAAACAAUUUGUACUGCUAUGAGAUUUGAACCAGCAAAUGCUAAAUUUUUCCACUUAGAAAUAUGUCAAUCUAGUUUAUGUGAUACUCUACGACUACUUGGUUGUUUUUCAUCUCAAACUACACUUACUGAGUGUAAUAAUCCAGUGCCGUCAAUAAAUUAUCACAAUACCUGGCAAGGUUUGUUCAAUGGAAAUGUUUUGGAACCGUCAUUUCCAAGUGAAAUACCAAAGAGUCUUUCGUACGCGUGUUUAUUGCUGCGGUUGCUCUACGACGUAGCGCUUGAUGUCUUUGAAAAGCCAAACUUUGCAGUGAUUGGCACAAGAUCACCGUGCCACAGACAAUCCAGCUUGGAGAACCAAAAGUCUGUUGACUCUCCAGUGAGUGGAAAACGUUCAACUGUCAAUUCAUUGAAUUUAAAUCCCCCUGCACCAGAGCCAAUUAUUGUCCAUCCAGGUAUUGUUGUAGGGAUGCUUCACCUGUUGCCUUCAAUAACUGACCGAACAAAACCAGAGUAUGCUCUGGCUCUUCAGAUCUACAUUGCUGAAGUAAUUAAGAGUCUCGUGCGCUCGGAACGCAAUCAACAAGUUAUGUGUGACUCCGGAAUGGCUGGAGAAUUAUUAACUAUGGGCAGAGUUGCGUUGCAAGAUGAAACUCAUCCGCUCCAUCAACCUCUUCAGUACAUAAUUGAACGCCUGGCAGCCCAGUCAUUAGAGCCAAAAGAUUUACGUGAAUUUUUACGACUCGGUGAUCCACUUUGUUGUAUUUCGCUGGACGAUAUAGAGCCAAACAAACAACGUGGAGGACCAGUUCCUUUGACACGUAUCAAAACUCUCGUGUCAAUGACAACACCAAAGGACUUCAGAGCUCACGGGUCGUGUACUCUACCGCCAUUCGUUGAGUUUGACAUGAGCGCUGAAGGAUUCGCGAGUCUUUAUCUUCCUAGUAUUGCACCGCAGAGCACAACUCCACCGACAGUAGUCUCUGCUGACAACAGCGUACUGGGUGGCAUUGGUUCAGGUGACCGCUUGUUCCCACCCCAGACUGGUCUUACAUACAGCACAUGGAUAUGUGUCGACAAAUUCAGCGACCCACGAACAGAUCCUCACUGUGUGAGACUUUUAACUUUGGUACGGAGUCCGCCCUCGGGUACUCGAGACAUAAUUUGUUUUGCUGCUGUCUUGAGUGCUAGAGAUAAAGCCAUUAUUGUUUCAACACAAGAAACUCAGAUGCCGCAGAGUAUUGGAGAAUGGGAACCCGAAGGUACUGGAGAAAGUGGAGCACGAGUUUGGUGUCCCGAUUUACUUCACGAGGGACAAUGGCAUCAUAUAGCUAUUGUAUUGAAUCGCGCAGUUUUGAAGAAUUCAAGUUUUUCUCUCUACUUGGACGGCCAGCAUAUUCAAAGUCAAAAACUUCAUUACAUCACACAAACACCUGGUGGAGGGGCUGCUAAUUUGACCGUAGCAUCGCCUGUUUAUGGUUACGUCGGUACACCUCCGUGCUGGAGGCGUUACUCAAAGUUAACUUGGAAACAAGGACCUUGUCAUUUAGUUGAAGAAGUUUUCAACUCACAAAACAUACUUACGCUAUUUAAAUUGGGCCCUCACUAUAUGGGAAGUAUGCAAGCACCUCAAUUCAUCGGACCUGAACCUCUGUCUUCUCUGCUGUCGGAAGAAAAAGUUGUAUUUGGAUUGAAUGCCAAAGCCAUGUCACAACUAACUCUAGCAAAAAUACGAAAAGUCUACAGUAGAGCUGAUACCAAGUCAAUAGCCAAGCAACUUGGCAUGUCUUCUCACGAAAAUGCAACUCCGAUACGCGUUCUCCAUAACUCUGCUGGUCAUCUCAGUGGACCAGCUCGAGCUCUCGGAGGAGUCGUGGUUGGUUAUCUAGGCGUGCGGGUUUUCAAUCCACGUCCGGUUGCCACGACAAUUGACAACGUAGGAGGAUGCUCAGUGCUACUGGGUCUCAUUGCCAUGGCUCAGGAUGUCGAGUCUCUGUACGCGGCAGUAAAAGCUCUGGUGUGCGUGGUGAGAUCAAAUCAAGCUGCGCAACAAGAAAUGGAUCGUCGUCGAGGUUACCAGACUCUGGCCAUGUUACUGAGAAGAAAAUGUCCUCUACUAAACAGUCACAUUCUUCAUUUGACGUUCAGUCUAGUAGGCACUGUUGACAGCGGACGUGAGACCAGCGCCAUUCCCAAUGUCACUGCAUUCCAAGACUUGCUCUGUGAUUUACAAGUGUGGCAUGAAGCUCCCGGUGAGUUACUUCGUUCUUUACUAGAGCAUUUGUAUGAAUUAGUAGCUGAGUCAAAUGAAAAACGCACCAACCUAAGACUGAUGCGGGAUCUACAGUUGGUUCAUAAAUUACUGCAUAUUUUAAGUGAAGUCAAGCAGAACUCAACGAGACAAGUUCUUUUAGCGCUGCUGAGUAUCCUGCUGGCACAGCCACGUCAAGCGGAUCUUUUGUGGUUCGGUCAAUUUAUCGUCGCUACAUUGCCUCUGGUAUCAGAAAAACAUUUAAUUCCACGCGAGAAUGAAGGCCCGAAAGAAGGUGAAGGUGAAAGUAUUUUAUUGCGCAACAGAUGUCUUCAGUUAUUACACUCGCUAUUGUUCAAUGGAUCCAAAGUAAAUGCAACAAUGUGCGAUGAAUUAGCGAAAGUUCUUGGUCUGGACUGGGUUCUAUUGUUUUUACAAUCAGGUCUUCACAGUACAACUAUUGUGUGGGGAUUAAGGAUACUCGUAGCUGUUUGUUCAGUCCAAUCGAUACUUCAAAAGUUCAAAGAGGGAACGAGUAAUAGUGGCUGGUUACGACACACUGAUCAUAAUAAAAUGGCAAUGGCCUUGGGUUGUCAACAACAAACUUCAACUGGUGAAGUAAAGCCGAUAGGUUUAAAUGUACCGGGAUUCCAACAUCUCGGCUGGCUGCUUCCUCAACACGUGGACCUUGUUCCCGAAUUGUACUUUCUUUUUAUUGGGCUCAUGUUAGUCCAGCCAAUAAAAUUACUGCCAGCUGACUCUAAAUUAGAACUUGAUAAUAUCUGGAAUUUUAUGUUUGGCGUACCAGCAAAUCAUUCAUUGUCAUCAUUUAAUGGAAAAAUAAAUUUAUGUCCGGAUGCUGUUGUUGUGCUUCUAGCGAUGGUUCGCACUAUGCUUAAUAUGCACUUUAAUAAUCCAGACAGUUUACCCGAGUGGCUUACUGAGUAUCCAGUGACAAUAAUACAAUUUUUAUUUUUUCUCUAUCACAAUUUCACAGAUUUUAUGCCAGUAUUUAUGUCAGCUGAAGUCUUGGGCGCUUUGGCGGGUACAUUGUUCCCAAAACCUAUUACUGGAAGUCAAGACAGCAGUGGAGCAAGUACUCCAGCUGAUGAACAGGAGCCAGUGCUGGUGAGAUCACCAUCUAAAGACAUCGGGUUAACGAAUCACCCGGCAAGGAAAUUUGUCAUGGAUUUCCUACGAGUUAUUGUCGUAGAUUCGCUAUCUCUUCCAGUGACAGCUAAAUCUCCACCAGCGAUAGAUCUAGUGCUAGAAGCUUGGCCAGAGUACGCGUCAACUGGCCAACAGACGCGUUACCAAACUGAAAUAUUGUCAAUUUUAAUGGAACAUCUUUUAGCUGCUGAUGUAUUGAUCGGCGAACAAGCAGCAUUGCCUGUAGUUCCUGGGGGUUCUGUUAAUAAUAUAACUAAUAAUGUUUGCUAUGUUACAGCGAGAAUCGUUGACAAACUGUGGCAAGGAGCAUUGACCAAAGACCCGCAUGAAGUCUUUGACUUUAUUGUUAAACUUAUCGGUCAAGCUAAAAGACGACCCGGGGCCGUCAGCAUGGAAGGUCUUCAUCAUUGUUUAAAUAGAACAAUAUUAUUUUUGCUGUCACGAGCAACAGAUUCAAUUGCUGAUCAAAUGGCUGUUUUGGAAGCUCUGCAUAAAUUGACAACUCACAGAUUACUUGUAUUUGGUGCUGGGAAUCAUGAACUGGAAUUCAUCAGCUGUUUGACUUACUGUCUUCUUCAGCUUACUGCUGACAUUAAAAUAAUGCUAGACACAAAUAUGAAAACUACUUGGCAUGUUAAUCCUCAGGUUGAGUCAAGUGAUGACCGACUGACGUCUCAUCAAGGGCACAAUCUUAUGGCAGUAGCGGCAACAAGAGUCUGGGAAGAACUGUACGCAUGUAAAAAACCAGCUAUCGAGGAAGUAUUUAAAAUUUCUUUGCCAGCUCCAGUAGGCAAUGAACGCGCACCAGAUUUAUCGAGUGUACGUGAUCUUGUUCAUGAACAAGCCACCAGACUUUGGCUUAAUUACGUUGUCUUGGAACGUAAAGCUUCUUACAGAGUACCCUGGGAGCUUCAUAAUCAGAUUCAGUCGAAGAUACAAAAAGUAACUGGUGGACUGACACGAUUAGCAAGUCGCACAAAAGUACGCAAAGAAGAGUCUGUAAGACCGAGACUGAGACUUCAUCAUAGCGCAGUUGCUCAGUGGACAGAGCAGCAUGUCGGAUUGGUAAGAGAAUUGGCCGCUACUCGUAAGCUUCAGCAGCAGCAAACUUAUCAGCAUACCCAGCGGUAUGUUUAUCAAGAAUGGCUGCAGACUGAGACUGAGUUGACUCGCGAACGUGGACUCUGGGGUCCGCCGACUCCAACUGUUCUGGACAAAUGGAUGCUGGACAUGACAGAGGGACCGUGUAGAAUGCGCAAGAAAAUGAUGAAAAAUGAUCUGUUUUAUAUUCACUAUCCUUAUCGACCAGAGUUGGAUCAUCCUGAUAACAAACAACUCAAGUAUAAGGUAGCCACGAGUAUGGACAGUAAAGAAUAUUAUUUGAAGCAACUUGGUAAUUCAUCUGGGAUGUUUGAACGUGAACGGGAUCCAGUUAUAGAUGAUACUCCUUUAGCUAUGCACGAAGGAUCAACCGAAAGUGAACCACCGAUGGUACCUUGUACGCUGGAACGUCACGCAAGCGAACCUGAUGAAGCGCCCGAGGAUAACGAACAAGAAGAAGAAAAUAAUCAAGCGGUUCCUGAUAAUCAGACACUGCUAAGACUUCUUGAAGAGCAUGAAAAAAUCAGCCACAUGUUUAGAUGUGCCAGGAUCCAGGGUUUAGACACCACAGAAGGUCUUUUACUGUUUGGCAAAGAACACUUUUAUGUUAUCGAUGGAUUUACGCUGCUCAAAUCCCGUGAGAUCAGAGACAUUGAGAGUCUACCGGAUGCUUAUGAACCGAUACUGCCUUCGCCUGGUUCACCUAGAAGAUCUCGAGCCAUGAGACAGUGUUCAAAAUUCAAUUACGAAGACAUCAGAGAAGUUCACAAAAGAAGAUAUUUACUACAGCCCAUGGCACUUGAGGUUUUCAGUGGUGACGGUAGAAAUUAUUUACUGGCAUUCCCAAGAAAAGUACGGAACAAAGUCUACCAAAGAUUCAUGACAUUUGCAACGGCAAUUGCUGACAGUGCUCAUCAGUCAGUGGCAGGGCAAAAGAGAACAGCUAAUGUUGAGCAAGCAACUGGAUUACUUUCAAAUCUUAUUGGCGAGACUUCGGUGACUCAGCGAUGGGUAAGAGGAGAAAUAUCAAACUUCCAAUAUUUGAUGCAUUUGAAUACUUUGGCUGGACGAAGUUACAAUGACUUGAUGCAGUAUCCAAUUUUUCCUUGGAUAUUAGCAGACUACGACAGUGAAGAAAUUGAUUUUAAUGAUCCGGCGUCUUUCAGAGAUUUUACUCGACCUAUGGGAGCACAGAGCCCCGAAAGAUUGUUACAAUUUAAAAAGAGAUACAAAGAAUGGGAUGAUCCUCAUGGUGAAACUCCACCUUAUCACUAUGGAACUCACUACUCGUCGGCAAUGAUCGUUUGUUCUUAUUUAGUAAGAAUGGAACCUUUUACCCAGCAUUUCUUGCGACUUCAAGGCGGUCACUUUGAUCUUGCUGACAGAAUGUUUAACAGUAUAAAAGAAGCGUGGUCGUCAGCUUCCAAACACAAUAUGGCUGAUGUCAAAGAGCUUAUUCCCGAGUUCUUUUAUCUUCCCGAGUUUCUUAUCAACUCCAAUCACUUUGAUUUGGGUUCGAAGCAGAGCGGAGUUCAAUUGGGCGACAUUGUGCUCCCGCCUUGGGCAAAGCAGGACCCUCGUGAGUUUAUCAGAGUCCAUCGGCUGGCAUUAGAAAGCGACUACGUCUCCCAAAAUUUGCAUCACUGGAUAGAUCUCAUAUUUGGCUACAAACAAAACGGGCCAGCAGCCGUCGACGCAGUCAAUGUAUUCCACCAUCUGUUCUACGAAGGCAACGUUGACAUCUACACCAUAGACGAUCCGUUAAAAAAGAAUGCAACGAUUGGAUUUAUAAAUAAUUUUGGACAAAUACCCAAACAGCUAUUUAAAAAACCUCAUCCAUGUAAAAAAAUGACUGUAAGAACGAGUGUUAUUGAUCCAGGACCAAUAACUCCGGGUUUAAGUAUCACAGCAACAGAUAAAUUAUUUUUCCAUAAUCUAGACAAUCUAAAGCCUUCAUUGCAGCCCAUUAAAGAGCUUAAAGGUCCAGUAGGACAAAUAUUACAUAUUGAUAAAACAGUAUCAGCUGUUGAACAAAAUAAAACACUUAUUCCUCCUUCGUUUAAUAAAUACGUAGCAUGGGGUUUUGCUGAUCAUUCAUUGAGAAUAGGUAAUUAUGACAGCGAAAAAGCAAUAUUUGUGUGUGAAGCAAUGAUGCAAAGUAACGGAGAAAUAGUUGCUUGUGUUUGUCCGUCUUCCAAAUUGAUUGUCACAGCAGGAACAAGUUCUGUUGUCACAGUAUGGGAGUACUCCAAACGUCAGUUGUCAAUAAAACAAUGUCUGUAUGGUCAUACGGAGGCAGUAACAUGUCUUUCAUCAAGUCCUGCUUACAAUGUAAUUGUGUCUGGGUCACGUGAUGGUACGGCGAUAAUCUGGGAUCUAUCCCGGUGUCUUUUUGUACGACAGCUAAGAGGUCAUGCUGGUCCUGUAGCAGCUGUUGCUAUAAACGAUCUCACUGGUGACAUUGCCACCUGUGCAGCAACUUGGCUCCACGUUUGGAGUAUCAAUGGCGAAGAAUUGGCGAGUGUCAAUACGUGUGUAGGCCGUGCUGACAGAAUGCAACAGAUUUUGUGUGUCGCGUUCAGUCAAACACACGAGUGGGACUCGCAAAAUGUUAUCAUGACUGGUUCCACUGACGGUGUUGCUCGGAUGUGGUCAAUGGACUAUGUCCAGGUGCCCGCUGAAGAAGAAAAACCCGAAGAAGCAGCUGACAAGUCAGCAGUGAAGAAACAGCCUAGUACUGAAGAAGAGAGAACACAAAGUACCAAGAAGAGAGUCCAUGAACUGGUUAAACAAAUGAGCAUAUCUGCUGAAGAGUCAAGUCUGAUGAUGAAGAGUGGCUCGGAGAGCAGUUUGUCUGAAGCUGAAACUCUGAAGGAAGCUUCUCGUCUUCACGAAGAAAAAGAAGAGUGCUCGGAUAAUGAAUCGAGUAAUAGUUCAAUUAAUAAAUUAUGCCCGAAAAAUUCACAAUCGCCGACUGUAGUGAUGAGGCGGAAGAGUCGGGGGAAUCCGAUGUUUAGAAAAAGUGAAGGAGGAGGUAGAGCAGACAGUGAAGUUAUUCAGGCCCACGACUCAUCUCACAAUGUUAGCAAUGAUUCUGAUAGUGCAUUGAGGACUAGUAAAAGCGAUACCAGCUUGACUGAUAGUUUUGUUAUGGUAAAUGAGUCAGAUACCAAACCACGCAGGAUCAACCCACAAAAUAUUCUUAGAGAUGGAUUCAAGUGGCAGAGGCAGCUAGUGUUUAGAAGUAAACUAACAAUGCACACAGCUUAUGAUCGUAAAGACAAUGCAGAGCCUGCUUCGAUAACAGCAUUGGCGGUCUCGAAAGAUCACAAAACAGUUUACGUGGGCGAUACUCGGGGUCGAGUGUUCUCGUGGAGUGUUUGCGAGCAACCUGGACGCACUGUCGCUGAUCAUUGGCUCAAAGACGAGGGCGCUGAUUCGUGUGUCGGUUGCGGAGUGAGAUUUAAUCUCUAUGAGAGACGACACCAUUGUCGCAAUUGCGGACAAGUAUUCUGUUCAAAGUGCAGUAGGUUCGAGUCGAAAAUAUCGAGACUAGGAAUUCUAAAACCUGUCAGAGUAUGCCAGGGAUGCUUUUCACAACUAAGAUCUCAAGGAUCAACUGACAGUAAUAACACUUAAUCGACUAGUGAUGUUGUUACUUUAGCACUGAAACUAGAAUCACAAUUGUCCGAUAAACCACCAAAUGUCCUCACAAUUAACUUCUAUAGAAACUUAUUAACCCUGUAAGUAUAUAUUUAUUAUAUGAACAAUGUAAAAACUGUUGAGAAAAUUUAGGACACAACACCUAGAGCGGGAGUAAAAACCGAAAACACCUGAACACUCUUGUUAGGACAAUUUUACUAUAAUUUUUGAUGAUGGAUUAUUUAUUGAUUGUUGGAAAAAAAAAGAAACCCUGGAGAAUAGUUGACAGCUUGCGGUCCAGUACCUCCUACCGUACAAUCAUUUUUUUACGUUUGAAUAUUUAUAAUUAUUAUUUUCUAUUAUUAUUACUCUGAUAAAUUUUUAUGUAUGAUAAAUAGUAAUUAAUGUCUAGAGGUUAAGGGCUGAUGCAUUACUUACAAACUGUGAUUUUUUUACUUGUCGCAAUUUACAACAUUUUUUUUUUAUUUUGUUUUAUUUUACAAUUUUAUCAAUCGAGAUAUUUUUUAAUAUAGAUUUAUUAUCAUUUUUUUUAAAUUGCGUGAUCAGAACAAAUUUGAUUUUAUCUUUUAACUCUCCCAUAAAUAAUUGACUUUUUUAUUUAUUUUUAAAAAAUUACUGUGCUAUCAUAGACAAUACCAUAACAUAAAUUGCAUAAAAUGUGCUUGGAAAUAGUGAGUGUGAAUGUAGCAGACGAGAAAAUUUAUGAAUUUUAAAUUAAUAAAUAAUAAUAAUGAAAUUUAAAAAAAUGCGCGUACUGAUUUUUCAUUUAUCUAAAUACGCAUUUUUAAAUUUCUAUUCUACAUACAUUUUAUUAAUUUAUUAUAAACUUUAAAAAUUGACAAUUGACAGCUGCAUUGACACUCAUUGAAAAUACGUUCUAAGGAAUGAGUGUGAAUGUAGCAGAUAUCCGACAAAUUUAAAAUUAUAAAUAAUUAAUGAAAUCAAUUUUUAAAAAAUGCGCAUUAGAAAAAUUUAAAAAUUAAUAAGUGCAUUUUUUAAAAAUAUUAUUUUUUUGAUUGUUUAUAAUUUUAAAUUUGUCUGGUGUCUGCUUCAUUCACACUCAUUCUAAGAAACGUUGAAUCAUACAACAAUUUACGGCUUAGCUUAAAAUAAUAAUAAUAAUAAUUACGUGUGUAUAGAUCUUUAAUUGUCAGAUUCUUUAGAGUCUAAUAGUUUGAUACCUAACAAUCAAGACCUACGGACAAAAACAACAAAAAAAUAUAAAAUAAAACGAGUGUGAAUGUAACUGACAAUUAGCAAUUUUUUAAAUUUUUGAAUAAAUAA